GGUUCAUUAACAAAUAGGUUCUGCCUCAUGGAAACUCCUGCGGCCGCUGCACCUGCCGGGGGCUUCUUCCCCUCGUUCCUGCUCCUGGCUUUUGGGACACUGGUGGCCGCCGUGCUGGGCGCCGCUCACAGAUUGGGGCUCUUCUAUCAGCUGAUGCACAAGGUGGACAAGACAAGCAUCCGUCACGGUGGAGAGAGCGUGGCAGCUGUGCUCAGAGCCCAUGGUGUACGCUUUGUCUUCACACUGGUUGGCGGGCACAUCUCCCCACUGCUCGUGGCCUGUGAGAAGCUGGGCAUCCGGGUGGUAGACACACGCCACGAGGUCACCGCUGUCUUUGCUGCUGAUGCCGUGGCCCGCCUGACUGGGACAGUGGGUGUGGCGGCAGUGACGGCUGGUCCCGGCCUCACCAACACGGUGACUGCAGUGAAGAAUGCACAGGUGGCGCAGUCCCCAGUCCUGCUCCUGGGUGGGGCUGCCAGCACCCUGCUGCAGAACCGGGGCGCACUCCAGGCCAUUGAUCAGAUGUCUCUGUUCAGGCCGCUCUGCAAGUUUUGUGCUUCUGUGCGAAGGGUACGGGACAUUGUACCUACCCUAAGAGCUGCAAUGGCUGCUGCCCAGUCAGGCACGCCAGGCCCAGUGUUUGUAGAACUGCCUCUUGACGUGCUGUAUCCCUACUUCAUGGUUGAGAAGGAGAUGAUACCAGCCAAAUCGCCCAAAGGCCUCAUGGGUCGAGUGGUUGUCUGGUACCUACAGAACUGCCUGGCCAACCUCUUUGUUGGGGCCUGGGAGCCUCGUCCUGAGGGACCUCUGCCUUUGAACAUUCCCCAGGCGUCUCCCCAGCAGGUCCAGCGCUGUGUGGAGAUCCUGAGCCGGGCCAAGAAGCCCCUGCUGGUGCUGGGGAGCCAGGCACUGCUGCCCCCUACCCCUGCCAACAAGCUUAGGGCUGCCGUGGAGACCCUAGGUGUCCCCUGCUUCCUGGGGGGGAUGUCUCGCGGGCUGCUGGGCCGCAACCAUCCCCUCCAUAUCCGGCAGAACCGCAGCGCUGCCCUGAAGAAAGCCGAUGUCGUGGUGCUCGCAGGAGCCGUGUGUGAUUUCCGCCUGUCUUACGGCCGUGUCCUCAACCGCAAGAGCAAAAUCAUCAUCGUCAAUCGGAACCGGGAGGAAAUGCUGCUCAACUCGGACAUCUUCUGGAAGCCCCAGGAGGCUGUGCAGGGAGAUGUGGGCUCUUUCAUGAUCAAGCUGGUGGAAGGCCUUCAGGGUCAGACAUGGGCGUCCGAUUGGGCUGAGGAGCUUCGGAAAGCCGACCAGCAGAAGGAGCAGACUUAUCGGGACAAGGCUUUAAUGCCUGUAUCUCAGCACCUGAACCCAGUGCGAGUGUUACAGCAGGUGGAGGACAUCCUGCCCGACAACGCGCUUCUGGUGGUAGACGGUGGGGACUUUGUGGCCACUGCUGCCUACCUGGUUCAACCCCGAGGGCCCCUGCGCUGGCUCGACCCUGGGGCCUUUGGGACUCUGGGAGUUGGCGCCGGUUUUGCACUUGGGGCCAAACUGUGUCAGCCAGACGCCGAGGUCUGGUGUGUGUUUGGGGAUGGAGCCUUUGGCUACAGCCUCAUCGAAUUUGACACAUUCGUCAGGCACAAGGUACCAGUGAUGGCCUUGGUAGGGAAUGAUGCAGGGUGGACCCAGAUUUCUAGGGAACAGGUGCCCAGGCUGGGCAGUGACGUGGCCUGUAGCCUGGCUUACACUGAUUAUCACAAGGCAGCCAUGGGCCUAGGGGCCCAGGGAUUGAUGCUGUCCCGGGACAAUGCGGAUCAAGUGGUCAAGGUACUGCAUGAUGGCCAGCAACUGUGCAGGGAGGGCCACCCAGUCGUUGUCAACAUCCUGAUCGGGAGGACAGAUUUCAGAGAUGGCUCCAUUUCCGUGUAGAGCCCAUGGGUUCGUGUGCUUGCCAUCUUGUAUCUGGACAAUGCCUGGCCUAUCUGGAUUGUUUUCUUAUCUGCUCUGAGCCUGUCUCACAAAGUCCAACAACUCUUCAACCCUCUGAGCAGGAAAUGGAGGGACCAAAGCUCCAAGGGGCACCUUGGCAGCUGUGGGUAGCUCUUUCCAUAGGCCCAGCUGGACCCUUUCUCCCGCUUAUAAAAUGAAUAAACCUCUUGGCUACAUGAGCCCAAGGACUCUGUCACAGAA